GGUUUGCGCGGGGCGGGGCGAGGCGAGGGCGGCGUCCUCAGGUAGGCACCCCGGGGGCGGGAGGCUGGCCCGGGACCCCCAGCCCAAAAAGCCGAGGGGGAGGAGUGGCGCGGCGGUGCGCUAGGGCGACCAAGUUUGGCUCCAGCGAGCGCGCGGGCGCGCGGCUUCGCGUCCUGCGUCUAGAGAGGAGGGGGACUGUCCUCUCACCAGCUGCGCUCGGACCCCGGCCCUCGGGGCCCCCCAAGACCAGUCACCCCCUCUCCUGGACCCGGUGCGGCUGGGCACGCCGGAGCCGGGCAGUGAGCCCAGCCAUGCUGGAGAGCGACGACAUCGGCCUCGAGGGGCUGUCUCCCAAGGAAGACCCCGCGGCCGAGGCCGCCGGGGCCGUGGAUGGGGAGGGCGCGCCGCCCGGCGGUCCCGGCGCACAGGCAGCCGCGAUGAGGGUCAACGAGAAGUACUCGACGCUCCCGGCCGAGGACCGCAGCGUCCACAUCAUCAACAUCUGCGCCAUCGAGGACAUCGGCUACCUGCCUUCCGAGGGCACGUUGCUGAACUCGCUAUCCGUGGACCCCGACGCCAAGUGCAAGUAUGGCCUGUAUUUCCGGGACGGCAAACGCAAGGUGGACUACGUGCUCGUGUACCAUCACAAGAGGCCCUCGGGCAGCAGGACUCUGGCCAGGAGGUCCCAGUCCCAGGACUCCACGCUGUCCUCCCGCAGCGGCAGGCAGGACCAGCCCCUGCCCGGGCUGGGGAGCCCAGAGGGCCCGGGCGGGCCGGAGUCCCCACAGGACUUCCACGAGGACGACAAGCGCUUCCGCCGGGCGGAGUACGAAGGGAACCUCCUGGAGGCGGGCCUGGAGCUGGAGCGCGACGAGGAGACAAAGAUCCACGGAGUCGGAUUCGUGAAGAUCCACGCGCCCUGGAACGUGCUGUGCAGGGAGGCGGAGUUCCUGAAGCUGAAGAUGCCGACCAAGAAGCUGUAUCACAUGAACGAGGCCAGGGGCCUCCUGAAAAAGAUCAACUCCGUGCUCCAGAAAAUCACCGCCCCCAUCCAGCCCAGGGUGGCGGAGCACAGGCCGCAGUCGGUGAAGAGGCUGUCCUACCCCUUCUCCAGGGAGAAGCAGCACCUCUUUGACCUGUCCGACAAGGAUUCCUUCUUCGACAGCAAAACCCGGAGCACGAUCGUCUACGAGAUCCUGAAGAGGACCACCUGCAGCAAAGCCAAGUACAGCAUGGGGCAAGGAGAGGGAAGAAAGAAGGACUCUGCCCUUUUAAGUAAGAGGCGAAAAUGUGGUAAAUACGGCAUCACGAGCCUGCUGGCCAACGGCGUCUACUCGGCGGCCUACCCCCUGCACGACGGUGACUACGAAGGCGAGAACGUGGGGUUCAACGACAGGAAGCUCCUGUACGAAGAGUGGGCGAGCUACGGGGUCUUCUACAAGUACCAGCCCAUCGACCUGGUCAGGAAGUACUUCGGGGAGAAGAUCGGCCUGUACUUCGCCUGGCUGGGCGUGUACACCCAGAUGCUCAUCCCGGCCUCCGUGGUCGGCGUCAUCGUGUUCCUGUACGGAUGCGCCACUGUGGAUGACAACAUCCCCAGCAAGGAGAUGUGCGACCAGUCCCACAACAUCACCAUGUGCCCGCUGUGCGACAAGACCUGCAGCUACUGGAAGAUGAGCUCGGCCUGCGCCACGGCCCGGGCCAGCCACCUCUUCGACAACCCGGCCACCGUCUUCUUCUCCAUCUUCAUGGCCCUCUGGGCCGCCACCUUCAUGGAGCACUGGAAACGGAAGCAGAUGCGGCUCAACUACCGCUGGGACCUCACCGGCUUCGAGGAGGAGGAGGAGGCGGUGAAGGGCCAUCCCAGAGCCGAGUACGAAGCCCGGGUUCUGCAGAAGUCGCUGAGAAAGGAGUCCAAGGACAAAGAGACCGACAAGGUGAAGCUGACCUGGAGAGACCGCUUCCCGGCCUACCUCACCAACCUGGUGUCCAUUAUCUUCAUGAUAGCGGUGACCUUCGCCAUCGUCCUCGGCGUCAUCAUCUACAGAAUCUCCACGGCCGCCGCCCUAGCCAUGAACUCCUCCCCGUCCGUGCGGUCCAACAUCCGGGUCACGGUCACGGCCACCGCGGUCAUCAUCAACCUGGUGGUCAUCAUCCUCCUGGACGAGGUGUACGGCUGCAUAGCCCGGUGGCUCACCAAGAUCGAGGUCCCCAAGACCGAGAAGAGCUUCGAGGAGAGGCUGAUCUUCAAGGCUUUCCUGCUGAAGUUCGUCAACUCCUACACCCCUAUCUUCUACGUGGCCUUCUUCAAGGGCCGGUUCGUGGGACGCCCCGGCGACUACGUCUACAUUUUCCGGUCCUUCCGCAUGGAAGAGUGCGCCCCGGGGGGCUGCCUGAUGGAGCUCUGCAUCCAGCUCAGCAUCAUCAUGCUGGGCAAGCAGCUCAUCCAGAACAACCUGUUCGAGAUCGGCAUCCCGAAGAUGAAGAAGCUCAUCCGCUCGCUGAGGCUGCGGCAGCAGAGCCCGUCGGACGAGCAUGCGAAGCGGAAGCAGCGGUACGAGGUGGACUUCACGCUGGAGCCCUUCGCGGGCCUCACGCCCGAGUACAUGGAGAUGAUCAUCCAGUUCGGCUUCGUCACCCUGUUCGUGGCGUCCUUCCCCCUGGCCCCGCUGUUCGCGCUGCUGAACAACAUCAUCGAGAUCCGCUUGGACGCCAAGAAGUUCGUCACCGAGCUGCGCCGGCCGGUGGCCGUCAGGGCCAAGGACAUCGGGAUCUGGUACAACAUCCUCCGAGGCGUGGGGAAGCUCGCCGUCAUCAUCAACGCGUUCGUGAUCUCCUUCACGUCCGACUUCAUCCCCCGCCUGGUGUACCUGUACAUGUACAGCAAGAACGGGACCAUGCAUGGCUUCGUCAGCCACACCCUGUCCUCCUUCAACGUCAGCGACUUCCAGGAGGGCACGGCGCCCAACGACCCGCUGGACCUGGGCUACGAGGUGCACAUCUGCAGGUACAAGGAUUACCGUGAGCCCCCGUGGUCGGAACACAAGUACGACAUCUCCAAGGACUUCUGGGCCGUCCUGGCGGCACGGCUGGCCUUCGUCAUUGUCUUCCAGAACCUGGUCAUGUUCAUGAGCGACUUCGUGGACUGGGUCAUCCCCGACAUCCCCAAGGACAUCAGCCAGCAGAUCCACAAGGAGAAGGUGCUGAUGGUGGAGCUGUUCAUGCGGGAGGAGCAGGGCAAGCAGCAGCUCCUGGACACGUGGAUGGAGAGGGACCCCGCCAAGGACGAGCCGCUCAACAACCACAGCCCCAGAGUCGGCCUGGCCGGCCCCGAGCACCACGCGGGCGCCCUGUAGCGGCGCCGCGCCCCGACCAACCGGCCGACCGAUGGACACCUCUCCCGGGCAGGCGGCGCCCGCCCCCUCCACACCCAGUGGCUUCUGGGUUUGCAGCAAACCUUGAAGACCACCUUCUGAUAGGACAACCUUUUUUUAUUUUUUAUUUUUUUUGGUCUUUCCUCUGUUUCCCUCCCUCCCCCAUGUUUUUUGCACAAAACCAUUAUGCAGGGAAUUUUUUUAUCUUUACUUUUCAAGGUUAAUCAGAAUGAUUGCUGGGGAUGGGGUGGCGACACACAGCAGGGGCGGGGCUUGGCAGAGGCAGCUCUGGGGACCCUGGGUCUCCUCCACGGGGACCGGUGAGCAGGGCCACCCUCUCGGGUCCUCCUGGUGCCCAACCGAUGCCACCGGCGUUCAGGGGCCCUGGGCGCGCACUGGUGCGACGGGAGGGAGGCCGGAGAGGCGGGGGAGGCCGGAGCCGCGGAGACCAGCCCCCAGAGGCCCCGCCUGCCUCUGGGUCAGAGAGGCGGGCCAGCUUUCACCGUCUUCUCCGCGGGUUCUGGGCCCACCAGUCCCUCUGGUCAGAAGGAGAGGACGCCUGGCUGUCAGAGGGCGUGGGAGCGGCGCCGGUGGGGUCCCUGCCGCCGGCCACACCCCUCCCCACCGCAGUGAGCUGACCGCCCCACUGCUGGGGUUCCUGGGGGGGGGGGGCAAAGCCGGGCUGACAGUGAGGGGUCCCCCGGGCCCUUCCAGGGAAGACAGAGGUUUCUAGGAGUCUUGGGCGUCCGGGGUGCAUUUGCAGCUCUAGGAUAUUUAUUGAGUCGUCUUUUUAAAUCGAUUCUACGGUGGAUUUGAGGGUUGGUUUUUGUUUUUUUCUCUUUUUCUGUAGCUCAAAGGUGGAAGGAACGUCUCAUUUUUUUUUUUUUAGUUAACCAAAUACCACUGAGAGGAAUUUAAAAUCCUGUUACUACCAAAGAUUUUUAUUAAUAAAGGCUUCUAUUUUGGUAACUCUUCUCUAUAUUUUUACUUACAGGAAUGUUACUGUUGGACAAUUAUGAUUUUUAAAAGCUUGUGCGAACAGGUCUCGCGGGUGAGGCGGGUGACGGGAACCGGCGGCCGCCGUCAGACUAACCUGAAAUACGGCCCUGAGGCGUCGGGGGGCGCCCAGGGAGACGAGGAGCGAGCUGCUUCCGCGGCGCGGGCAGGAAGGAGGCGGCCGGGUCUGUCCCCAGGUGUGGUGGCCCUGACGCCGACACGCCCGCCCGCGAGCACACGGCUGCGCUCCAAGUCCGAGGGCGCCCUGUGGGGUCGGCCGCAGCCCGCGACCCGGCGCCUCGGUUCUCCCGUGCAGGAAGCCGUCCCAGACGAGACGGGGUUUUGUAUCUGAAUGUUGUAUUAAAACUUAGGUGAUUACCAAAAA